CCCAUGAGAAGGGACAUUCUUCCCUCCCACCGCCCCACCGGAGACCGUGCCCUUGGCACUGAACCCUGUGGGGAUCCCCGAGGUUUGGGGGUGAGCGCCCCACCAAGGCAGGGUCCCCCGGCCGCUGAAAAAAAAAAGUAUUUAUUCAUGGAGGAGCACGGAGUGACCCAGACAGAACACAUGGCUACCAUCGAGGCUCAUGCAGUGGCCCAGCAAGUACAGCAGGUCCAUGUAGCCACCUACACAGAACACAGCAUGCUGAGUGCUGAUGAAGACUCCCCUUCUUCUCCCGAGGACACCUCCUAUGAUGAUUCGGACAUCCUCAACUCUACUGCUGCUGACGAGGUGACAGCCCACCUGGCUGCAGCAGGUCCUGUGGGAAUGGCGGCAGCUGCUGCUGUGGCAACAGGAAAGAAACGAAAACGACCCCAUGUCUUUGAAUCUAAUCCUUCCAUCCGGAAGAGGCAGCAGACUCGAUUGCUAAGGAAACUUCGAGCUACUCUAGAUGAAUAUACGACGCGAGUGGGACAGCAAGCUAUUGUCCUGUGUAUCUCUCCCUCAAAACCCAACCCUGUUUUUAAAGUGUUUGGUGCAGCACCUUUGGAGAAUGUGGUGCGUAAGUACAAGAGCAUGAUCCUUGAAGACUUGGAAUCAGCCUUAGCAGAACACGCCCCUGCACCACAGGAGGUUAACUCCGAGCUGCCGCCUCUCACCAUCGAUGGAAUUCCUGUCUCUGUGGACAAGAUGACCCAGGCUCAGCUUCGGGCAUUCAUCCCAGAAAUGCUAAAGUACUCCACAGGCCGUGGGAAGCCAGGAUGGGGGAAGGAAAGUUGUAAACCGAUAUGGUGGCCAGAGGACAUCCCAUGGGCAAAUGUCCGAAGUGACGUCCGAACGGAAGAACAGAAACAGAGGGUGUCAUGGACCCAGGCGCUACGGACUAUAGUCAAAAAUUGCUAUAAACAACAUGGGCGGGAAGACUUGUUGUACGCUUUUGAAGAUCAGCAAACACAACAACAGGCCACAGCAACACAUAGUAUAGCACACCUGGUACCCUCCCAGACCGUGGUCCAGACCUUUAGCAAUCCUGACGGCACUGUUUCACUUAUCCAGGUUGGUACAGGAGCAACAGUAGCCACUUUGGCUGAUGCUUCUGAAUUACCCACCACUGUCACUGUUGCCCAAGUGAAUUACUCUGCUGUAACUGAUGGAGAGGUAGAACAAAAUUGGGCCACACUCCAGGGGGGUGAGAUGACCAUCCAGACAACACAGGCCUCAGAAGCAACCCAGGCAGUGGCGUCAUUGGCAGAGGCAGCUGUGGCAGCUUCUCAGGAGAUGCAGCAAGGAGCCACUGUCACCAUGGCUCUCAACAGUGAAGCCGCCGCCCAUGCUGUCGCCACACUGGCUGAGGCCACACUGCAAGGGGGAGGACAGAUCGUCCUGUCUGGAGAAACCGCGGCAGCCGUAGGAGCACUUACUGGAGUCCAGGAUGCUAAUGGCUUGGUGCAGAUUCCGGUGAGCAUGUAUCAGACUGUGGUGACCAGCCUGGCCCAAGGGAAUGGUCCCGUUCAGGUGGCCAUGGCACCUGUGACUACAAGGAUAGCGGACAGUGCUGUCACCAUGGAUGGCCAGGCUGUGGAGGUGGUGACAUUGGAACAGUGACACUGACCUGGAUCAUGGGGUCAUUUUCUAUUCUACAACAAAGAAGUUUUGUACGCGUUUGCAGAAGUGCAAUCAGGAGCCAUUAAGUCUCCCGACUUUGGAAGCAAGUUUUGUUAUCCUUUUUUUUAAAGGAAGAAAAGGGGGGGAGCAGAGGACAACCGAAAUGGCAUUUUUUUAAAAGCACCACUCUUGAUUUUCUGAUGCAGUGGAGUUAAAUGCAGCAUUGUUGAUUUCACUGUCCAGAAAAGGCCAAAUUAUGGCAGGACUCCUUUCUGCGGAAACGUGUGUAUAUACAUAUGUGUGUGUGUAUGGAAAAAUAUAUGUAUAUGUGUACAUAGGUAUAUACACAUUUACAUAUAUAUGGAAUAUAUAUAUGUGUGUAUAUAUGUAUAUAUAUAUAUAUGAGAAACCCACAUUAAACUAGCUGUAUGAAAUCAA